AUGACAAAUCAUACUUUAAAUUCCAAAAGGUCCUUUGCCAAAUUGAAAUCUCAAUCUUCUAUUGGUUCAAGUUUAAAAUCUAUCUUUGAAAAAUGUAAAGCUAAACUACAUAAUAUUGCCCAAUAUAGUUUAGAUAAUAUAAGUGAUGAUGAUAACAAUUAUAGACUCUACCACCACUAUCAUAGGAGAGAUAAUACUCAUAGAGACUUUCACAAAACUAAUAACCAUGAUAUGACUGACAGUCAAGUUGCCAACCUAAUAGACGAUUUAUUUAUUGAUAGUGAUCAAGAAAAUGUUACCCAUGCAAAUGAAGAAAUAAAACACAAAAAGUCUGAAAGGCUUUUGUCACUUAAGUUAACUUCUAUUCCUCCGUCUACCAACAAUGAAAAUACUAAAAACAUUGAAAGUCUAAAUAAUAAUUCCACUAAAAAUUUUACUAUUGAUACUGGGCACCAUGUUGCCACAUCCACUGUUAAUACUAAUACCAUCAUAAGUGACGAAUUACCAAAAGUUCCUGAACAUUCUUCAACUUUAGACAACCUGUUCGAAAAUAUGACCACAUCUUCACCUAUUUUACUGAACUUUAAAAAGAAAAAUGCCUUUAACAAUGACAAUAAUACUGGGAUGGAAGUUUUCAGAAAAAGUGAAGACAGAUGUAGUGGUACCAGUGUUGCCCCAAACAGUGGUUCCGACUUUUUAUCUUCAAUCUCCAAAAAUAAGUCCAACAAUUCCUCAGUAAACACCAACAGCACUAACAAUAUUAAUAGAAAUACAAGCGGUGAUGAUAAAGACAACAAUAGCAAUCAUAACGACGAAGAUAUUCAUGACAAUAAAAGCACUAGUGAUAGUGAAACACAAGAAGAUACGAUCAGUAACUAUGACGUACAUAAGGAAUGCCAAAUGUUGCGGUUGAAACAAGGCGAUAAAUUUAAAGGAGGCGAUGAAAUAUUUAUCAAAAGAAGAGAAUUACAUUACAAAAGAUUUAAAGAACUUGAAAAUAUAGUUGUGGAUAAAGAUGAAGAUUGCAACGAUGCUUUGUUUGAGGAGAUACCUGAAGAUGCAUAUUAUAAUAUUUAUCGAAUUUUAUUGGUUGAAGAUAAACCUUUGAAGAAGCCUUUGAACUUAGCUAAUGCAUUAAAGGUUGUUAAUGCUGGAUGGAUAAGUGAUAAAACAUGGGAAAAUGCAGUACAUGGUAAAUUUUGA